GCAACGGUGCUUCAGUCAGAGCAGAGGAAAGGCAGCUGAGCUCACACGCGAAGAGCACCCUCUGCAACAGCGACGACAUGGUCAGGGGAUCAACCGUCAGUGGCUUGGGAAAUCCACACCUAACCACCAGCUGAGGAUGUUAAAAUGCUGAUCCACGGGCUCACCCCCAUCCUGCUCUGCUUGUUAGCCAUGUGGAGAAUCCUGACGCCGGUCUUAAGUCAUCCACAACACAGUCAGUGCCAGCUGAUACAAAGAACGGCUCUCUGCAACAAUGGCGAGCUCUCCUCUGUGCCUGCAGGACUGCCCGACAACGUAGAGGAGCUUCAGCUCAACUACAAUCACAUUCAAACACUACAGGACAACUCUCUCCUCCGUUACCCCUCACUAAACACCCUGAGCUUAGCGUGUAAUAGUUUAGAAAAAAUAGAGUCACACACUUUUCAACACUCCAAAUUGUUAGAAAGCCUCAAUUUAGCAAAUAACAAUCUUCACAUUGGCUCCCAGGAAACCAGCCAUGCAUUAAAGACUCUCCCCGGGCUUCGGGCUCUGGAUCUCUCCCAGAAUGAGCUCAACGACGAAAUGGUGGCCACUCUCCUCCAAAACCUGACAUCCCUGGAGUACCUCGAUCUCUCUGGGAACUUAUUGCAGAGACUGGACGAGACCUCGUUCGGGGAUCUUCACCAGCUCAAAGAACUCGACCUGCAGAGAAACAUCAUGUAUGAGAUUGACGGCGCCUUCGACAGCAAUCCGAAGCUCCAGCGGCUCAACUUGGCCUUCAACUAUCUGCUUUGCCUGACAGACUUUCACAUGACCCAGCUGGUGGUCCUCAACGCCAGCCACAACUUCAUUGAGUGGUUCAUCACCAGACAAAACCUUAACGACACUUUCCAGUUAGAGACACUUGAUCUAUCAAAUAAUAAAAUGCUCUUCUUCCCUUUCUUGCCCGACCACAGCCACUUGAGGACUCUCUACCUCUCCCACAACAGCGUUAGCUUUUACGAACACUUGGCAGACAACAGCACAUACCCGAACUCGACCACGACUGUGGAGUUCUACAAUAUGAAGAAGUACAUGGGCAACGUGACGACUCAGCUGUGGGACGAGAGCCUUCACGGGGACAUCUCCUCCGUAGAGACUUUGGAUCUGAGAGGAAACCUGGUGGAGUAUUUUCCCGAUGGGUUCAUCCAGAAAAUGCCUGCCCUGUCGAGGCUUCAAAUGUGCACCAACUGUCUGGAAACCUUAAAUCUAACGUCGGAACAGUUCUCCGGCAGCUUGUACGAGUUAGACCUCAGUAACAACAGACUGAGCAAGAUCGUUGCCGAUAGAGGUGCGCUGACCGCUCUUGGCAAUCUGACGUACCUUAACCUGAGUUUGAACAAUCUUGAGCGGUUACCCUCGGGAUUAUUUUCCUCAUUGCAAAGCCUCCGGUCGGUGGACCUCAGUUACAACAACGUUGACAUUUGUCGUCCCGAGGAAGCUGACACCGGUAAAGACGCAAGCUCGGCUUGCGCGGAUUGGAAAGACAUUGCAUCCCUAACGCAACUUUACCUGAAGGGAUGCAACCUGAAAAUAAUUCCAUCGUCCGCAUUCGCUGGGUUGUCUCUCACACACUUGGAAAUGUCCGACAACCCUGGACUCAUUGUCCAAGAAUCAAUACAAAGUCUCAGCAGAACUUUACAGCAUCUAGGUUUAGGAAACACUCAAAUACAAGACUUAGACUUCUCCCAUUUACAAAGUCUUGAGUCUUUAAACAUUUCGAGGAACUCGCUUGCCUACCUUCCCCCUUCCCUUUUAAGUCUUGACCUGAAAGUGCUGGAUUUGAGGGACAACAGACUAUCCACCAUUCCCUCUGGUCAGGCAAACACAUUAGCCUCCAAACUGCACACGGUUUUUCUCACAGGAAAUCCGUUCAACUGCUGCCAAACUGAAUGGUUCAGCACAUUUGAAACAAAAAAGACAAUCAAUAUGGUCGGACGAUCAGGCAUUGAGUGUGAAGAUCUCAUCCAGAUGACACACAGAGUGGAGCACUCUCAGUCAUUUAUUUGUUUGGAGAAAGGCGGGGAAUCUAUAAUCUGGUAUAUUCUACUUUUUGUACCCAUCUGUCUUUCUUUUGUGGGCAUUUUGGCCAUUGUUCUGCUCACCUUCAAGCCGAAAAUGCUCCAAAAGUCAAUCAAAAAGAAUUGUUUGAAGCCUACGUCUUACUGAUACUUUAUAAACCAGAAACAAAAAUAUGUUAUGUACAGUAUGUUAUUGAGAAUGAUGUGACUGAAUGUAUGUUGGCAAUAAAUGUAAUUCAUUGUAAAACUGUC